AUGAACAUCGAUAUUGAUGACAUCCUCGCGGACUUGGACAGAGAUACCACGGCUGUGGAGUCUUCGCUGAUCUCGCAAUCUCACAACGAUACUACGAUUCUGGGAACAGACGGCCCUGAAACCGAGAAAUUUGGCCAUUUCCCAGUUCCAUCGCCCGUGAAAGACUUCGAAAGGCUGAUGACAAGCUGGAGAAAUGAAAGAAUGAGUCCUGAGCUGCUCCCGUUCCCGCACCUGCUGAUGCAACGAACGCUGCGCAGGGUCCAGGAACAACUAGAACACAUCGAGUGUCUGUCCAUGGGGUAUUUGGAAGACACAGCGGGGGUCUCAAACGCUGCAGACAGCAGAAAUGGGGCCGUGACAAGCAAACUGCCGUUGCUGGCCAUGGAAGCAGACCUAGAGCGUCUGAAGUUCGUACUGCGAAGCUUUUUGCGGUGUAGACUGGCCAAAAUCGACAAGUACAGCUUGUACCUGCGCCAGUUCAAUGACGCUGGUGCCGCGGUGCCUCUGGAUGAGCUGUUGUCGCGCCAGGAACUGGGAUACCACGAGCGUCACUCCACGAUGUUGCUGAAGCUACUAAAUAACUCGAUAUUGCGCCAUAUGCCGCCAGAAUUGCAAGCCGUGGACGACAACGAGGGAUCUGUGAAGAUGGUGGAGGAGCCCGAGUGGAGUCGGUUUGUUUUCGUGUACGUAAACGGUCCAGACCGGGCGCAGCGGGACCCAGAUUCACUGCUGCUCGUCAACGAAGAAACAGGCCAGCAAUUCUACUCCGUUACGAUCCAAGAGUUGCAAGAAGAAGCAGAGCUCGCGAUUGGGGGGAUCUACGUGAUGCGCUACAACGUUGUGAGAGACCUAAUACUGGACAACAAAGUCCGGCUGAUAUAG